UGUUUAUUUAAGAGGACACAAGAAACGCAAUCCUGUUCCCCCGGUUGGAAACCUUUGACGAUUGUUACUUCCGUACUCUCAGAUUUUGCAAGGUGUUAUUGAUUGGAGUGCUUCACGUUCAUAAUGUCAGAGUUUCUGAUGUUCACGGGUGUUAUUAUUGGGGUGCUGAUGAUAUUUCGUAGUUUUAUUCUUGGUGCGCGCUGCAAAAGCAAAGAGAAACUGCAUGGCAAAACGGUCAUCGUAACAGGUAGUAACACGGGCAUUGGUAGAGCCACAGCAGAAGAUUUAGCGCGGAGAGGCGCUCGAGUCAUUCUGGCAUGCCGGAACCGAGUACGCGGCGAGGCUGCUGUUGCUGUUGUAAAACGAGAGAGUGGGAGUCAAAAUGUGGUGUUCAUGCAGCUGGAUUUGGCCAGUCUUAAGUCCGUACGCUCCUUUGCAGAGAUUUUUCUCAAGACAGAGAAAAGACUGGAUAUUCUCGUCAACAAUGCAGGAGUCUAUAUGCAGGGCACUACUGAGGAUGGUCUUGGUCUUAUGUUUGGCAUCAACCAUGUUGGUCACUUCCUCCUGACUAAUUUGCUGCUGGACAGAAUGAAAGAGUGUGCACCAAGCCGCAUUGUCACUGUGUCUUCAAAUUUACAUAAUUUUGGUAAACUUGACUUUGACUGUCUUCGCACUCACAAGGAGUUUGGAGUGGGUGAGUCUGCAAUGAAUGUCUUUUGGAUAUAUUCACACAGCAAACUGUGCAAUGUGCUCUUCACACAUGAGCUUGCAAAGAGGCUACAAGGAACCAAUGUGACCUGUUACAGUCUCCACCCAGGUGUUAUCAACACUGAAUUGACUCGUAACACUAAUAAAGUGUUUAGGAGGUUGUUACUGAAGCCCAUUGCAGCUUUGUUCUUUAAGGACGUAGAGUCCGGUGCCCAGACGACUUUACACUGUGCCCUGCAAGAGGGCAUUGAAUCCCUCAGUGGCAGGUAUUUCUCCAACUGUGCUGUGCAGAAGGUGAAGGCAAAGGCUAAGGACGAUGCUGUGGCCAAGAAGCUGUGGGAACACGUUGUACUGCAUAGUAUAAGGGGACUCUCCUCAACCACCACCAGUGUGCAGCAUCCACCUGGAUGAUGCGAUGGCAUCCACAGUGCACCAGUAUGCUCACCACACACCAGCAGGUCCACAUAAGAGUUAACAUUAGGCUUGCUGUAAUUUUCACUUAUAUAUAAAUCUAUUUGUCUUUAGUCAUUAUAUAUGUUAACAUGAUUUUAGUGUGAAAUAAAUAACUUAACCAUAUCUGUGUAAAGUUAUAUCCAAUCAUGUUCACAUGUAUACUGUUU